CGCUCUCGCCAGGGAACAAAUCCAGCGAAGAAGCCAAACCUCCAAACCCUCAAACCCUGAACUCUCUCUCUUUCUCUCUCUCUCCCUUCGUCCUCCCUCGCUCCGCCUGUUCGAGAGGGAAGGGAGCCAUGUCGUUGACGGGCGUGAAGAUGUCGGAGGAGGUCUGGCUCACUUGCCUCACCCACGCAUUGAGCACCGAGACCGAGGAGAUCAUGGGACUUCUCCUCGGGGACAUUAAAUACUCAAAUGGUGGUAAUGCAACUGCUUUAAUCUGGGGUGCCUCCCCACAGAUGCGGUCUGAUCGUCGCAAAGACCGAGUGGAGACUAAUCCUGAAUUGCUGGCUGCAGCAUCUGCACAAGCUGAGAAGAUGACACUGACAACAGGAAGAACAACACGAGUGAUUGGAUGGUACCACUCUCAUCCUCAUAUCACUGUACUUCCAUCUCAUGUAGAUGUUCGUACACAAGCAAUGUAUCAACUGCUGGAAGCUGGUUUCAUUGGGCUAAUAUUUUCUUGCUUUAGUGAGGAUGCUCAGAAAGUUGGGAGGAUUCAGGUCAUUGCAUUUCAAUCCCUGAACGGAAAAGAGAUGCAUGUUACACCUUUUAGCACCAGUUCAAUCAUAGAGGUAGAUUCAUCUCGGAGUUCCACUGUGAAUACGCCCAGGUCGGGUUCCUCAUUCAUUCAAUUCUUUGAACAGGACACUGCAGAUUCAAGAGAGACCAAAGCUAUAAAGGAGGAUGCUAGUUGGUCUCUGCUUCUGGUUGGGGGAGGAUCUUCAGCAUUGGAGGAUUCUUAUUCUCAUUCCGACGUCAAUUAUUCAGGGAAGCAGAGAGAUAGAGGAAAUUCUCUUGUAGCAUAUGGUGGUGAUAGCACAUUCGACACAUUAGCGGAUACAGAUUCUAUGGACAUGACACCAAGCAUGCAGGAAGCUUUGCACCGAUCAAAUCUGGAAGUGAGUGGUGCAGAGUAUGUUAGGAAGGAAGUACCACUCAAAGUUGUGCCAGCUACUUCACUGCUAAAGCUUGAACAUCCUUUAAACUCAUUCACAGAUUUGCAAGAAGUAUUGUUCAAAGAGGAACAGGCAGCAUAUAAAGAAGCUGUUUCACAUAAUAUACAAGACGGGAAAAUACACCCUCUUACUUUCAUUCAUCACAAUUCGACCUACCAGGCCACACUGUGCAAGUUGAUGGAAUAUUGUUUAAGCCCGGCGAUAAGUGCACUACAAGACACUUUGAAGGAAAACGAAAUUCGGUUAUCUAUAUUGAUGAAGGAGGCCAAGUCAUUGGAAACUGAAGGCCACGGCCGGGAGAACGAGUCAAGCUUCGGAUCUCCACGGCGUGCCAGCCGGAGGAGGGCGUUUUGAUUUGUCUACAGAGGCCCAUAAGAUGUGUCUCUCCUGUAUAAUCUGAUCUGACCUUCCGGCCGGUUCAACAUUACCUCCCCUCUGUUACCAGUUCAUAAGGCUCUCUGUGUUGUGGAUGAUUUCAUUUUAACCCUUGAAUGGGUAUGCGUUUUCCUUUUUGGAAUUAUGAAAAAAAAAGAAAAAGAAAUGUCAGAUCUUAAACAUAUAAAAAGAAAUGCCAAUUAUAUGAUCGUUUUAAGCC